AUGCUCUCCCUCGCCCUCCAACUGUUGUUCCUUCCUGCCCUCCUAGCCUUCGCCCUGAUCAGCGCAGCCAGGAUACGCAGGCUUUCAUUGGGAGAAUCAACCACGAAACUGGGCGACGAACCCACAACCUCGACAGCACGGACACUGUUCCGCGACCGCAAUUCCAUCACCAGCCUCCUCGCCCCAUCCGAAGGCGAUCUCCCUUCGCUUCUCGCCGCGCGCGCCCACGCAAAUGAGCGGUUCACCAACGCCUUCGACAUCCACUCCACAUUCACCUCCCCCUCUCGCGCCGUGCACGACACCUUCGUCCGGCGCAUGAAGGCCCUCAUCGACUCCAAGGCCACCGGUUGCGACGUCCACCUACACCCCCCGGCCGCCGCCGCCCAACCGUUCGACAAGACCGUCCGCGCGAUCGUCCUCCACCUCGUCCUCGUCGCCCUCCUCGACGCCGACCCCGCCGCGCUCGAGUACCCCGCGCUCGACCGCUUCGCCGAGACGCUCAACGACCUCUGGACGCGCUCGAAGGCGCCCGCGCCGAUCCCCCCGCACCUCCUCGCCGCGCUGCAGGCCCAGCUGCGGGCGUGGGUGCCGCGCACGCAGGAGAACGCGGGCGCGAACCACCUCGAGGUCAUCAUCCCCGCGUACGAGACCAUGUGGCGCGUCGUCGCCGUCGCGCUCGCGCACGUCCACCUCGACCCGCGCCUCCGCGCCGGCUUCGACGCCUUCGGGGCGCGCCCGACCGCGGACGAGCUCGGCCGCGCCGCCGUCGACGGCGCGCCGAGCGCGCACAGCGUCGUCCUCGAGGUCCUCCGGCUGUACCCCCCGACGCGGCGGAUCGCGCGGCACGUCCCGCGCGCCCCGCACGCCGACGCCGACGCCCACCACCCGCUCGCUGCGCUCGUCCAACGGUUCCUCUUCAACUUCAACACACGUCCGUCCACCCCCACGCGAGACUUCGACGUCCUCGUCGCCGACGUCGAAGCCGCCCAGCGCGAAGGCGCGGCGUGGGGCCCCGACCCGGACGCGUUCGACCCGCGCCGCUGGGAGCGCGCGGGCGGGUCCCCGUCGUCGCCGCCGCCGUCCGCCGCGGCGCUGCUCGCGUUCGGGCAUGGGAGGCUCAAGUGCGUCGCCAGCGGGUGGGCGCCGGGCGCGGCGGCGGCGAUCGUCGCGGGCGUGCUGAGCGCGGGGGCGCGCGUCGAGCGCGCGGACGGCGCGGACGCGGUGUCCGGCGGGCGAGAUGCGUGGAGGGGCUGGUCCCUCGUCGUGCCGGCUGAGGAGGACGCGUGA